AUGUCCAGCAAGGCAGCUCUGAAGGCUGUCAGAACAGCAUUGGAUUCCAAAGAUUUUGAAGGAGCAGCUACGAAAGCAAACGAACUGGUCGAGCGCGACCCCACCAACUACCAUGCGCACGUUUUCCUAGGGCUUGCACAAGACAAGCUCGAAAAAAGUGACGAAGCGGAGAAGGCGUACCUCGCAGCAACUCGCAUCAAAGACAAUGACAAGACGGCUUGGCAAGGCCUGGUAAACUUGUAUGAAAAGCAGGGGAAUAAAAAGCUCGACGAGUAUCAAGCGGCAACUUUGAAGCUAGGAGAAAUAUUCGCAGAUGGCGACGAACGUGAGCGGUGUGUCGACGUUGUGGAUAAAUUCGUCAAGUUUGCUCGGAAAAGCGGUACUCGUACACAGCAGCGAAAGGCUUUACAUCUUCUGCUUCCGACAUGUCCCCUCUAUUCUUCUCUAGAAGGAAGAGUCCCGCAUCCCGCUGAUACCUUUUCGAGACUGAUUGAGAUCACCGAAGCGGAGGAGAAAGAGUUUAUAAACCGAGAAAUCGGCGAGAGGAGAACACGUCUUGGUGCAAAGAUUGACCAAGUUACUGCGGAAGUGAAGCGCGAGGCACUUUCCAACCAAGAUCUUGAUGCAUACUACACGGGACUUAUCAACUGGACUAGUGAUGACGAAGUCAGGCAUCGGUUUGAGGAGAAGCUUCUCCAAAGGGCAUACGAUUUGCUUCUGGUCCUACCGCAAGACCAGAAGUCAGAGAAGCGUGAAGCAGUGUUUCAGGGAGCACGUGACAUGGUCAUUAUCAAGUAUCCUUUUGAUCUAGCUUGGAAAAUUGUUCUCGAGUGGAACGAUGUUGAAGACCCUGCAGAGUGGGACGUUGGUGUUCUACGUGAAUUCACAGAAUUCUUUCCCGAAGAUGGAGUUAGCAAAGUGCUACAGGGCUUCUUGAGUAGUGAUCUUUCUCCAUUACCUUCGGAUACAGAGGUACAGCAGUCAGCUCAGGCCGACACCGACGAUGUGCAAAUGGCUGUAGAGGAUCGAUUGAUCCUCAUGUCAGAUGGUCUUGAGCACGCAUCCUCUUCGAUCAUAGCCCAUCGAAUUAUGGCUCAGCUUUAUGUGAAUCUCGACGAGCAUAUAAGUGCGGUAGAUGUCGCUCGAAAGGGCCUCUUGCUCGUAAAGGAUACGACCAGGAAAACAGGAGUGUCUCUUCGUCAAACCACGGAUGCUUUGAAUAUUACUCUAGGCACGGCACUAAUCUCAUACCAGUCGCCGCGGCAUCAUCCGGAAGCCAAGAGUAUAUUCGACAGCAUACUAAAGAGGAAGCCCACGAACACUCAUUGCUUGCUAGGCAUAGGCCUGGUACUGGAAGAAGACCAGGAAUAUGAAGAAGCUGUCGACUUUUUUAGUCGGGCUCUGCAACGGGAUCCGUCCAACACCAAAAUCCAAUCGGAGCUUGCUUGGUGCACGGCGCUCAAUGGCAAUCUUGAAUUCGGUCUGGAAAACCUACAGGCCGUUCUUGCGAGCAUAGAAGAGGCGGAAACACAGAAUCGUGAAUUCAAGUCAGAGGUUUUGUACCGCAUUGGUCGGUGCCAAUGGGACCUGGACCCUUCAAGUGCCGCUCGAAAGAAUCGAAAUGGUGCAUAUGCCAGCUUCAUUGGCUCUAUCCGGUCAAACAUGAACUUUGCUCCAGCUUAUACCAGUCUGGGGAUAUUCUAUGCAGACUAUAAGAAAGACAAAGCCAGGGCAAGGCGGUGUUUUCAUAAGGCCUUUGAGCUUUCCCCAUCUGAAAUAGAAGCAGCCGAACGGCUCGCAAAAGCUUUCGCUGAUAAGCAAGAGUGGGAUCUGGUUGAAGCCGUUGCCCAGCGAGUCGUUGAUUCUGGAAAAGCGAAGCCUGCCCCAGGGUCUAAACGCAAGGGUUACAGUUGGCCAUACGCAGCACUGGGAGUUGUACAGAUCAACAGACAGCAAUAUACCAAAAGCAUUGUGUCAUACCAGGCUACCCUACGGAUAUCUCCCGAUGAUUACCAUUCCUGGGUGGGACUCGGCGAAAGCUAUCACAAUUCUGGGAGGUAUAUUGCUGCUACCAAAGCAUUCGAACAUGCAGAGGAACUGGAAGCCAAUCUUCCCAAAUCAGAGAGUUCGAAUAUCUGGUUUUCUCGAUAUAUGCUUGCUAAUGUCAAGCGAGAGCUGGGCGAUUACGAAGAUGCGGUGGGUCGGUAUGAAGACGUGCUGGCAAUUCGACCCAACGAAUUUGGGGUUAUGGUUGCACUCCUGCAAACAUUAACGGAAAGCUCUUGGAAAAGCCUCGAUACUGGUCUAUUCAAUGAUGCAGCCAAAUCAGCUCGCAAGGCCUUGGACGUUGUUGCUGCCAUGGUGAAAGAGAGAUUCAAAGUGUUCAAUCUGUGGAAAGCAGUAGGUGACGCAUGCGCUAUUUUCUCUUACUUGAAGAACAAAUCAAGUUAUGUGUCUGUUCCCGACUUACUCUCCCUGCUAAGUACGGAGAUUGAAGGAGGCGCACUCGAUAUCAUCGUUGAUACGGACAACGUUGGAAGCAACUAUGCCACCUUACUCGACCCCGAAAACGAGGAUAUUUCGCCAUCAGAACGUUGUCUCUAUGCCUCCAUCUUGGCUUACAAGCGCGCAGUCUACGUAGCUGCCGAAGAUGUUCAUGGACAAGCAAUAUCUUGGUACAAUCUAGGAUGGGCUGAAUACAGGGCCUACAGGAGCAUUGAAAUUGGCAAAACAAAGAAAGACGCACGGCAAACCAAACGAUUCCUAAAAGCGGCCAUAAUAUGCUUUAAGCGAGCUAUUGAGCUAGAGGCAGGAAAUUCCGGAUUCUGGAACUCUUUGGGGGUCGUCACAUCAUCCCUCAGUCCCAAGGUGGCUCAGCAUGCUUUUGUUCGCAGUCUACACCUGAACGACCGGAGUGCUCAAAAUUGGACAAAUCUGGGCGCUUUCUACUUGAUCAAUGGUGACCUGCAACUAGCUAAUGAAGCUUUCACGCGAGGCCAAUCGGCUGACCCUGACUACGCCCAAGCUUGGCUCGGACAAGGGUUCCUUGCUCUUCUGUUUGGAGAUCCUUCUGAAGCGACAGCUCUAUUUGCGCACGCCUUUGAUAUUUCUACCUCGACAUCCACAAUUACCAAACAGCAGUAUACUCUUAGUCUGUUCGAUCAUCUCCUUGCGGAUGCAUCCAUGUCAAACGAAAUAUCGCAACUGAUUCGCCCAUUCUUUGCCCUCCAGCAGCUCCGUGUUCAGGAACCUUCUAACCUGGCUUUUGAGCAUCUUUUGGCUUUACUAGCAGAACGGAUAGGGGAAUACCAACAAGCGGAUGAUGCUUUGGGAGUUGUCUGCACAGGAGUGGAAGCGGAGUACGAAGUGACCGAGUCUGUGUCGUCUCUGACACACUUUGCUCUUGCCAACGCCGAUGCGGCUCGGAUACAUCUCGCGAAACAGGAGUAUGAGCAGUCUGCUGAAAAGGCAGAGACUGCUCUCACACUCUCCGAAGGGGAUGAAACGGAAAAUGCCGAUCUCGAGACUAUUGGCCGGCUCCGUCUGUCAGCGCAUCUCACGGCGGGCCUAGCAUAUUAUUACAUGAAAUCAAUGGACCAGGCUAUUGAUAGAUUCCGGGAUGCCCUUCAGGAAUCAAACAACGACCCGGACGUGACUUGUCUGCUCGCACAGGUACUGUGGGCCAAGGGCGGAAAAGAGGAGAGCAGUGUGGCUCGUGAGCAACUGUUCGAUAGCGUCGAGAAGCAUCCCGAUCAUGUCGGGUCUGUAACCCUGCUUGGUGUGAUUGCAUUGCUCGAUGCAGACGAAGAUGCGAUUGAGGCAGUGCAUGCUGAUCUUCAAAUGAUGAGGACUAAAGAUAACAUCGAAAUCCACGACCGUGCCAAAGUAGUCAAACUACUAACCGCUAUUUCUACCAUGGGUUUUUGCGCAAACUAG